AAUACAAUAACAACAAUGGCUGAGAACAAAGUUUGUACCUUGUGCGAUAAGAUUGGCUUGAAACCAUUCACCAAAGAAAACAUUUACUACUAUUACAUUCCCAUUAACGGUUUGGCCAGUUAUGGAGCAUUGUCUCUGAAUGUUAUGAAUCCUUCGCUGGUCUCGAAGAUUCUUAGUCCCCGUAAGGAUUUGACAAAUGCUUUGCUGUUGAGUUCUGUUGUUGGUGCAGCUUUCUACAUUUAUGGACGUCCUGCCCUGAAGGCUGUUCCCAAUGGUAAGCGCGGCCUUUACGCCAUGUUGGGUGGCGGUCUCUGGGCCAUGGGUAGUGUACUAUUCUGGGCUGUCUUGAAAUCGGUGUGUCCCUCAGAUAAUGCUGCUGUGGCCACAGUCGCCGGCCUAGCCACUGGUGCUGUUAUUGUCAAAGUUGGCAAAGACUAUUUCGAAGAUAUUGAUAAGCAAAUCAAGUAA